GACAUCUCCGUUCCUCGUGUGAGCGACACUGUCCGAGUCCUGAGCACUCCGGCAAACAACGGACAAUUUCUUCUCUCGGCUGUCCCUCAGACGCCAACAGUGACCCCGGCUCUGCCUCCACCAAUGAGAGUGCGCGUCAUAGUUCAGGAUAAUGUCUUCCUCAUCCCCAUCCCUCACAGUGACUGUGAGACCCGGGACAUCUCCUGGUUGGCUGAACAGGCCUCUCAGCGGUAUUACCAGAGCAGUGGUCUGCGACCCCGACUCACCCUGAAGAAAGAAGGAGCUUUGCUGGACCCCCAGGACCUCAUUCUCUACAUCCUGCAGAGCAACGAGGAGGUUCUGGCCGAGGUUCAUUCCUGGGAUCUGCCACCACUGACCGAUCGCUACAAGAAGUCAUGUCAGAGUCUUGGUGUUAAGGAGAACAGUCUGGUACUGAAAGCUCUGGAGCAGCAGGAAGUCAGCACUUGCUUGUCUCUCUGCCGUCUGGCCCUGAAGUCGAUGGAUUUGAGCCCCCUGCUGCGAGCAUUGAAG